AUGGAAAAAAUCUUGGAGAUUGUACAGACUAUUUAUAUUGGUACAGUUGUUGCAACUUUUCUUUUCAACACUGGACGUAUUGUAAAAGCAGUAGACAUCUUUAACGAAUGUUUGGUGCUCCUUAACGGAAAAGCCCUAGAGAUAAUCAAGGAACUUACCGCACCAUGGGUUAUCUCUCUAUACUAUAAACUUCUUAAUGGAUAUAUUCUUAUCUACGAUCACACCCGUGCAAUAGAAUGUGGUAAAAAGCUUCACGUGACACUACACAAUAGUGGUCAAAAAGAAAAAGAAGGGAUGAUAUUACUAAAACUAGCCGACAUCUACUAUCAAAGAGGCAAAUACGAGGAAGCAAAACAGUGUUGCGAAAAGGCACUCGGCAUCCUGAUUGAGACUGGAAACAAUCACGGAGUUGGAAUAUGUUACGGAAAUUUAGGAACUCUGUUUGAAUCUGUUGGUCAAUAUACCAAGGCUGAAGAAUACCUUCAAAAAGCACUAGUGAUCAGGAAAGAAAACGGUGACAAAAAAGGAGAAGCAUCUACUUACGAAAAUCUAGGAACUGUGUUUCUUUCUGUUGGUCAAUUUACCAAGGCUGAAGGAUACCUUCAAAAAGCACUAGUGAUCAGGAAAGAAGUCGGUGACAAAGAAGGAGAAGCAUCAGAUUACGGAAAUCUAGGAACUGUGUUUCUUUCUAUUGGUCAAUACACCAAGGCUGAAGAAUACCUUCAAAAAGCACUGGUGAUCAGGAAAGAAGUCGGUGACAAAGAAGGAGAAGCAUCAGAUUACGGAAAUCUAGGAAGUGCGUUUCAAUGUGUUGGUCAAUAUACCAAGGCUGAAGAAUACCUCCAAAAAGCACUAGUGAUCAGGAAAGAAAUUGAUGACAAAGAUGAAGAAGCACUUGCUUACGGAAAUCUAGCAACUGUGUAUCUUUCUGUUGGUCAAUAUACGAAGGCUCAAGAAUGCCUUCAAAAAGCACUAGUGAUCAUGAAGAAAAUUGGUGACAAAAAAGGAGAAGCAUUUGCUUACGGAAAUCUAGGAACUCUGUUUGAAUCUGUUGGUCAAUAUACCAAGGCUGAAGAGUACCUUCACAAAGCGCUGGUGAUCAACAAAGAAAUCGGUAACAAAAAAUUAGAAGCAUCAAACUACGGAAAUCUAGGAACUGUUUUUCUUUCUGUUCGUCAAUAUACCGAGGCUAGAGAAUACUUUCAAAAAGCACUAGUGAUCAGGAAAGAAAUCGGUGACAAACAAGGAGAAGCAUCAGAUUACGGAAAUCUGGGGAUUGUGUUUCUUUCUGUUGGUCAAUAUACCAAGGCUGAAGAAUACCUUCAAAAAUCACUAGUGAUCAGGAAAGAAAUCGGUGACAAAAAAGGAGUAGCAUCUGCUUACGGAAAUCUAGGAACUCUGUUUGAUUCUGUUGGUCAAUAUACCAAGGCUGAAGAAUACGUUCAAAAAGCACUGACGAUCGAAGAGGAAAUCGGAGACAAACGUGGUGUUGGCGGUUCAUACUUAAAUCUGGGAAAACUUUGUCGAGAAUUUCAGCUUAAUGCAAAGGGUCAAGAAUUCGCUCAUAAAGCACUCGAGAUAAGUUACGAAAUAGGGGACAUUGAAAUGCAGUUUAGGAGCCACCUUUCCAUUGCUCAGAACGCGUUAAUGGUAGGAGAAAACAUAACUGAACUACUGCGAAAUCUUUAUGAAAGCAUUCAGAAGUCCGAAGAAAUGCGUGAUUUUUUCAGAGUGGAAGAUCAAUUCAAAAUUUCUUUUUUUGAUGAGCAUGUGUCUCCUUACCUUCUUCUUUGUAGGUUGUUGAUUGCUACAGGCAGUUAUAAUGAAGCUCUUUACGUUGCCGAGCUUGGACGGUCCAGAGCGCUGAUAGACGUACUGUCAGAAAAGUACUCUGUGGAUAAAGGGGUAUCAGUCAACACACAGUCAUGGUUUGGUAUUGAGAACAUCAUGAACAAAAAUGCACUUAGUUCUUGUCUUUAUGUUUCCUGCUUCGAUGAUAAUAUGUACUUUUGGAUCCUCAAGCCAAACAAAACUAUAGAUUUUCGACAAAAGACACUCCGAGAAAGUGCAGAUAAAGUGUUUGAAAGUCAGACAUUUGGUAGCUCUCUUGAUUUACUUCAAGACCAAUGCGAAGAUCGAUCAUUGUUUUCAUGUGUAAGCUCCCCGAAAUCAUGCAAGCCAUCCCAAAGUGACGGCUUCGAAUCUUUGCGUCUUAUAGAAGAAGAGGAAGACGAAAAUCACGACUCUAAACCUUUAACCCUUGCUGAUGGUUACAACAUGAUAGUCGCUCCUGUAGCUGACUUACUCCAAGAAUCAGAAAUCAUUAUUGUACCGGAUAACUUGUUGUAUCCAAUUCCUUUUGCUGCUUUAAUGGAUGAUAAUGGAAAGUAUUUAUCGGAUACUUUCAGGAUUCGUAUUGUCCCUUCCUUGACGACUCUUAAGUUGAUUCAGCUCAGUCCAGUAGACUACCAUAGUAAAACCGGUGCACUGAUUGUAGGAGAGCCAGACGUUAGUGAUGUUUACUAUCAAGGAAAAAUUCUACAGUUAAACUCAUUGCCUUGGGCCAGAAAGGAAGCAGAGAUGAUUGGGCGACUGCUCGGUGUUCAACCGUUGCUUGGAAGGAAUGCAAAUAAGCAGGCAGUCCUGGACAGCAUGCAUUCAGUAAGUCUCAUUCACUUCGCUGCUCAUGGUUAUGCUGAACGUGGAGAAAUAGCUCUCUCCCCUGUAAGCUCCUGCGGAACUCCACGCGAAGAAGACUACUUAUUGACGAUGGCUGAAAUUUCACAAGUUCGACUAACAGCCAAGCUGGUUGUCCUUAGCUGCUGUCAUAGUGCACGUGGUCAGAUAAGGGCUGAGGGAAUUGUUGGAAUCGCUCGAGCAUUUUUAGCAUCGGGCGCACGCGCUGUGCUGGCGGCACUGUGGGCUGUACAGGACAAAGCAACCAUGUGGUUCAUGAAUCGUUUUUACGAGCACCUUGUUCGUGGUGAAAGCGCCAGUGAAUCUCUUCACCAGGCCAUGAAGUCGAUGAGAGAGACUCGCUUUUCUGACGUCAUGCAGUGGGCACCCUUUAUGCUGAUUGGAGAUGAUGUAACAUUCAAAGGUUUGUAUUUGAUAUUUAUAAUUUUUAGGUUUUUCUAG